AUGCAUGAUGAAAUAUCAAAUUUUUUUGAAACUGGUAACCAGUAUUUAUUUACCUAAAAAUAACUGCAUAAGAAAAUUUUUAACUCUAUAAUUUUUUUUGAUCACUAAGAAAAGCUUAAUGAUUAACAAAUUGCUAUGAAUAUCAGCCUCGUAUUUCAUUCUCCUUACAACCCAAAGUACAACUCAAUUGAAAACUUUUAGAAUAUCAUCAAAUAAUAUUUAGUUAAAUGUUAACCUCUCACUAAUUGAAUCAAUAUAUGAAUUAUUGCCAAAAUGA